AUGACCCGCACAAAAUACACAGUCCCCUUAAUCUACAUCACGUCGUUCUUGUUUCUGUUUGGCGAGACAGUGCAGCCCGCGCCCCGCAUCGCCAUCUACGAGGCCAUCGUCUGCCAGCAGUACUACAGCUCCCCAAGCACAGGUGCGGGCCCACACGACUGCAAAGCAGCGCCCGUGCAGGAGGAGCUGGCACUUCUGGGCGGGAUUGAAAGACUGUCGAUUAUCAUUCCGAGUGUGCUUGCGAUUCCGUUCGCGGCGCUGGCGGACCGGUAUGGGCACUCGUUGAUUCUGGCGAUUGCGAUCUUUGGCGUUUUUCUGGAAGAUGGGUGGCCCUUCCUGGUGACGUGGUUUCCGAAUGUCUUUCCUAUUCGGCUGAUAUGGCUGCAUUUCGUGUUUAGCUGUGUGGGGGGCGGGUUCACGACCAUUAUUACGCUACUACAUGUGAUUAUCGUCGAUGUGGUGAGUGCUGAGGACCGAACGAGGAUGUUUUUCCGGAGCAGGGCGGCGGGCGUGGCUGCUAGCAUUGUGGGAUAUGCCACUAGCGGGCUCAUGAUGAGGGUGAAUGACUAUUUGCCGUGGGCGGUGGGACUGGGAAGUCUUGUUCUUGGGACUGUCGCAGCGGCGAUGAUACCGAAUCAGACUGUCGAGGCGGGGAGGAAGCCUGUGGGUUCGAGCGGGAGGGAUGCUGGGUGGAAGGCAAAAAUAAGACGUACGGCUAAAGCGCUGAAAGACGUUGCCACGCUGCUCCUGGGGAACAAGCAGGUUGUGGCGAUGCUGGGACUAGUGUUCCUGUGCCAGCUGGGCUUCGACGCGGGCCCGCUUAUGCUGGCGAUCUACGUGUCGAAACGGUUCGGGUGGAGUUUCUCAGAUGCCAGCUUCCUGAACUCGCUUGAGAUGAGCGUAGAGCUGCUCAUGCUCGUAUUCUUCCUCCCACUUCUUACCGCGACCUUGCCUGUGCGAUUUCAGAACCUCUCGCCCGCCAUGAAAGAUAAGAAUGUUGCGGGAUGGAGUCUGCUGGCGCUUGCGGUGGGACAGCUGUGUUUAGGGUUUGCGCCUGUUGCAGCUGUUGCUAUUCUUGGCGUCGUGAUCAUAGCCAUGGGCGCAGGCCAGGACUCUCUCCUCCGCUCCCUAGCAACCGAGAUGGUGCCCACCCGCGACAUCAGCAUGAUCUACUCGGCCAUCACUAUGCUCCGCGCGAUCGGCGGCUCCGUCAGUGGUCCGAUCUAUGCGUGGCUAUACGCUGUAGGUCUCCGGCAGAGGCAGGAGGUGUGGAUUGGGCUUCCGUAUAUUGUGGCGGGUUUGUUAUUCCUGGUUGCGUUGGGCUUGCUCAUGGGGUUGGAGGUGCCCGAAAGAGAGGGCUAUGAAGCGAUAGAAGAAGACGAGGCGAGGGCUUGA